AUGGGGGAUGGAUCUGCUAGAAAUGAGUUGGAAGAAGUCCCCACUCCCAGUGAUGAUAAAGUGAUCAUUGAAGAGGAAGUGAUCGGAGAGGAUGAAGUGAUCAUUGAAGAAGAAGUGGCAGAUGAUAUAACUACUGAAGGGACUGAAAGGACUGAAGGGACUGAAGGGAUUGAAGGGAUUGAAGGGAUUGAAGGGAUUGAAGGGACUGAAGGAACUCUAAACCAUCCUGAGUGUGGACUAACGGAAAAUUUAUCUCUAAGAAUAACAUUUGGAUCUACUGCAGUGCCGGGUCAAUUUCCAUGGAUGGGAUCUCUUAUAUAUACUAAUUCUCAAGGAAACAGAGCUCAUCUGUGUGGAGGAGUAUUAGUUGGAACCAGGCAUGUGGUAACAGCAGCUCAUUGCCUAGAGGGUCAGAAAGGAUUCCGUCUUACCAGCGUCUCGUUUGGACAAACAGAUAUUAGUAUUCCUGAGGGCCAAGAAAUCCGCAUAUUGGAGAAAUUCCCCCACCCUAAAUUUAUAAUAUCUCCUGUAGCUAUCUAUGAUAUUGCAGUUCUACAGCUAGCUGAAGAAGUUGAGAUCAACUCCCAGGUUCGUCCUAUUUGCGUUUCCAAACCAAAUCCUGAGAUAGAAGACGACAUGUCUAACGUGCAAGCUGUUGUAGCAGGGUGGGGCAGAACAGAGAGUUCAUGGGUAUCCAAUACUCUUCAGUUUACACAUCUUCAAACACUAAACAACACACAUUGCUCACUCAUGUAUGAAAGAGCUUUGGCUGAAGGUCGUCUUGGAUCUUUAGAUCUCUUCAGUAUUCUGCCAAAUCAACUAUGUGCUUCAGGGGCACUCAACUCAGAUUCAUGCAGUGGAGACAGCGGGGGCCCUUUAUUCAUGCUGGACAACGAUGAUAGAUCCUACUUGAUCGGAGUAGUUUCAUUCGGAACAAACAGCUGUGAUUCAUCUUUACCCGGAGUAUACACUAGAAUUCCUUCAUUUUAUUCCUGGAUACUGGAUACAGUUAGAGAAUUAUAAACUCCUGGAUACUGGAUACAGUUAGAGGAUUAUAAACUCCUGGAUACUGGAUACAGUUAGAGGAUUAUAAACUCCUGGAUACUGGGUACUGUUAGAGGAUUAUAAACUCCUGGAUACUGGAUACAGUUAGAGGAUUAUAAACUCCUGAAUACUGGAUACAGUUAGAGGAUUAUAAACUCCUGGAUACUGGAUACAGUUAGAGGAUUAUAAACUCCUGGAUACUGGAUACAGUUAGAGGAUUAUAUACUCCUGGUUACAGGAUACAGUUAGAGGAUUAUAAACUCCUGGAUACUGGCUAUAGUUAGAGGAUUAUAAACUCCUGGAUACUGGAUACAGUUAGAGGAUUAUAAACUCCUGGAUACUGGGUACUGUUAGAGGAUUAUAAACUCCUGGAUACUGGAUAUGGUUAGAGGAAUAUAAACUCCUGGAUACUGGAUACAGUUAGAGGAUUAUAAACUCCUAGAUACUGGAAAUAGUUAAAGGAUUAUAUAACAAUGGAUACUGGAUACAGUUAGAGGAUUAUAUACUCCUGGAUACUGGAUACAGUUAGAGGAUUAUAAACUCCUAGAUACUGGAAAUAGUUAAAGGAUUAUAUAACAAUGGAUACUGCAUAUAGUUAGAGGAUUAUAUACUUCUGGAUACUGGAAAUAGUUAGAGGAUUAUUAACUCCUGGAUACAGGAUAUAGUUAGAGAAUUAUAUACUCCUGGAUACUGGAUAUAGUUAGAGAAUUAUAUACUCCUGGAUUCUGGAUAUAGUUAGAGGAUUAUGAACUUCUGGAUACUGGAUAUAGUUAGAGGAUUAUAUACUCCUGGAUUUGGAUAAAGUAAAAGGAUUAUAUAAUCCUGAAUGCUGGAUAUAUAGUUAGAGGAUUAUACACUCCUGGAUACUGGAUAUAGUUAGAGAAUGAUAUACUCCUGAAUUCUAGAUAUAGUUAGAGGAUUAUAUAAUCCCGGAUACUGUAUAUAGUUAGAGGAUUAUACACUCCUGGAUACUGGAUAUAGUUAGAGGAUUAUAUACUCCUGAAUUCUAGAUAUAGUUAGAGGAUUAUAUAAUCCUGGAUACUGGAUAUAGUUAGGGGAUGAUAUACACCUGAAUUCUGGAUAUAGUUAGAGGAUUAUAUACUCCUGGAUACUGGAUAUAGUUAGAGGAUUAUACACUCCUGGAUACUGGAUAUAGUUAGAGGAUUAUAUACUCCUGAAUUCUAGAUAUAGUUAGAGGAUUAUAUACUCCUGGAUACUGGAUAUAGUUAGAGAAGUAUAUAAUCCUGGAUACUGGAUAUAGUUAGAGGAUUAUAUACUCCUGGAUACUGGAUAUAGUUAGAGGAUUAUAUAAUCCUGGAUACUAGAUAUAGUUUGAGGAUUAUAUACUCAUGAAUACUGGAUAUAGUUAGAGGAUUAUAUACUCCUGGAUACUGGAUAUAGUUAGAGAAUUAUAUAAUCCUGGAUACUGGAUAUAGUUUGAGGAUUAUAUACUCCUGGAUACUGGAUAUAGUUAAAGGAUUAUAUACUCCUGAAUACUGGAUAUAGUUAAAGGAUUAUAUACUCCUGGAUACUGGAUAUAGUUGGAGAAUUAUAUAAUCCUGGAUACUGGAUACAGUAAGAGGAUUAUAAACUCCUGGAUACUGUAUAAAGUUAGAGGAUUAUAUACUCCUGGAUACUGGAUAUAGUUAGAGGAUUAUACACUCCUGGAUACUGGAUAUAGUUAGAGGAUGAUAUACCCCUGAAUUCUGGAUAUAGUUAGAGGAUUAUAUACUCCUGGAUACUGGAUAUAGUUAGAGGAUUAUAUACUCCUGGAUACUGGAUAUAGUUAGAGAAU